AUGACAUACAAAGUCAACACUCAGUCCAAUAAGCGACUGUUGGUGGACGUCCUGCAGAAUCCAGCUAUCAGAGAGAAGCUAUAUUGUAUCCACCCUGUCUUGAAUGAUCUUAACAAUGGUUGGAGAGAAAUCACCUAUGGAGACCUUCAUCGAGCAGUCGAUUAUCUGUCGUGGUGGAUUACCGACAGACUCGGGCCUGAGGAGAAGCAGACGGUGGGAUAUCUUGGGGCAAAUGAUAUUCGAUAUGCAGUUUUCGUACUGGCGUGUAUUAAGACUGGCCAUGUGGGUCUGCUGCUGUCUACACGCAACUCACAGCAAGCAUUCCGCCAUCUCUUCGACCGGACUGAAUCUACAAAACUCCUGUUCACUGGAGAUAAAACACGACUAGUCAACGACAUCCAAAGCAACAGAGCAGAAAAUGAAAAACUAGAAACGUUUGAAAUCCCCACAUUACGUGACAUCUUCGCUGCCUCCCCAGAACCAUAUCCCUUUGACAAGAAAUACGCCGACGUCGAAGAUCAACCCGUCAUCAUAGUCCACAGCUCCGGCACAACAGGCUUUCCCAAACCCGUCUACAUCACGCAUGGAUACGUUGCAACACUCGACAAUAUGAAGAAUCUCCCUCUUCCACCCGGACGGAAGCAUGGCCUAUUCACCUUCUCAGCUGGGCAGCGCCGACGACUCAACACAAGCCCGUUCUUCCACUUUGUUGGCAUCGUGGCUCUGUCAGAGUGCAUCUUUUUCGAGACCCCACUGGUGGUCUGUCCUGAUCGACACAUCACCAUCGAUCUGCUGCAGAGAAUCAUGGAUGAAGCCAAGCCGGAAUGGAUGCUGACCACGCCAUCGUUACUAGAGGACUUUACAAAAACACCCGAAGGCCUCGAAGUCCUGUCCAGAUUCCACCGCAUCGACUAUGGUGGCGCGCCCAUGCGAGCUGAGUCGGCCAAGAUCCUCUCCAAACGCGUCCAGCUACAGACUGCCCUGGGCUCAACCGAAACAGGAUAUACGGGGACGUUGUUCUGCGGAGGCGAGGAAUCUGAUGUGCUUGAAUUUAACCCGUACUUUGGUGUGAAGCUGGAAGAUACGGGAGAUGGGGUUUAUGAAAUCGUCAUUCCACGCCAGGAACAUCGUGACUUUCACGGCAUCUUUCACACCAUGCCAGAUCUCCAGGAAUACCACACAGGCGAUCUGGUGAUACCGCAUGGCGCUGAGGGGAAAUGGAAAUACUAUGGCCGACGAUACGAUGUGAUUGUCCUCAGCAACGGGGAAAAGUUCAAUCCCAUCGAGAUGGAAAAGAUGGUCGAGACGCAUCCACUUGUUUCCAAGGCUGUGGUUGUUGGACAAGGACGAUUCGAUGCUGCUCUAUUGGUGCAGCCGCAUUGGAAUGAGGUUGGAGAUGACGCAGAUUCUGCUAUUCUGGAGAAGAUCAUGCCAGCCAUCGACAAGAUGAAUACUAUUGCGCCAGGACAUGGACGGGUACUUCCGAAUCGGGUUAUCCUUGGAUCAAGAGAGAAGCCAUUCAAGGUAUCCCCAAAGAACACGAUUCAACGGAAGAUGAUACUCGCAGAUUAUAAAGACGAGAUUGAUCAGGUGUAUACGAAUAACGAGAUCGCAUUGGUUGCUGAAUUACCGCGGACUACCGCAUACGAGGAUAUCCGCCGAUUCAUCCGCGCGACAAUAUCCCAUCUGGCGAAGAUAGAAGAUAUCAAUGAAGAACAGAGCAUCUUCACCAUGGGACUAGAUUCACUGCAUGCUCUUCAGCUCAGCCAGACUCUGCAAACUGCAGCUCGUCAUCUGCAGCCCAAGGAACAAUCAGAAAUAAACAGCCAGCAUAUCUACACCAAUCCAUCUGUGAACCAGCUAUCACAGUUCUUCCAUAGCCUGGUUACUGGCCAUCAUCCAAUUUCUCCUAAAUCCAACAGAUCAUCAAAAAUAACAGACCUGAUCGACCGCUUCAGUCGAGGUUUCGGCCAAAAACACACCGUCCUCUUGACCGGCUCAACAGGCUCACUGGGCAGCUAUAUCCUGCAUGAACUCCUCCUCGACAUGUCCAUCGUCAAGAUAUACAGCCUCAACAGAUCACCAGAUGCCGACAGACGCCAACUCGAAAGCUUCACUUCCAAAGGGCUAUCCAUCCAUCCUUCACAGCUCAACAAAAUCGAAUACGUGCACAGCAACCUCGGCGAAGAAAACCUCGGUCUGGACGAAUUCACAUACAAAAAGAUGACUGCCUCCGUCGACACCAUCAUCCACAACGCCUGGAUGGUCAACUUCAACUACGGCGUCGAGGCAUUCGAAUAUCCCCAUCUAGCGGGCGUGCGUCGAUUAAUCGAAUUCGUUCUGGAAAGUCCCCGUCGACCUCAUCUACACUUUAUCUCAUCUGUUUCUACAGCAGGCGCAUGGAACGUCGAUGACAGCCCGACCAUUCCUGAGAACAUCGUGCAUAAUCCCGACAUCGCCCUACGACAAGGCUACGGCGAGUCGAAAUACAUCGCAGAACGAAUGUGCGAAGCUGCCUCCACACAAUGCGGUAUAUCAACCUCCAUCCACCGCGUAGGCCAACUAGGCGGACCAACAAGCAGAAAGGGAAUGUGGAAUAAACAAGAAUGGGUACCGUCAUUGAUUCACUCGUCCAAGACGAUAGGCAAGAUUCCAGAGUCGUUGGGGGCGCUGCCUGUUGAUUGGGUUCCUAUUGAUAUGGCUGCGAGGAUUGUAAUUGAUAUCGUCCAUACAUCGCAUGGAAAGGGCUCCUGUGGCGUCUUUCAUGUUGUGAAUCCUUCGCCAUCAGAUUGGAGCUCGCUCAUUCCGACUAUCCAGCGAUUUUGUCAUGUCACACCUAUUUCGCUUGAGGAUUGGAUCAACACUUUACAGUCUGAUUCAAGUGGCAUCCAGGAUAGGCCUGCUCUCAAACUACUCGACUUCUUCAAAGGCAUUCAAGGUAGUGGAAAAGGACAACCUCUCUUCGAAGUGAAACAAAGCAAAGCAGCCAGCAAGAAGAUGCGAGAACUCCCACCCAUCGACGGCGCCAUUAUGGAUAACUGGAUGCGACAGUGGGGGUUCAAAUAG